GUACAAUUGUGUGCGUGUUUUUCUACUCUGUUCUGCGUUCUUGUCCCUAUGUCGGGUAGCAUGAGUUACAGUCAGGUGUCCAAACAGCUUGUGACCUAUCAGGGCGACUCAGACGAGGAGGACGCGAACUCGAAGGCAAAAUUCAGUGAUGACAGCGAACCAGACAAUUCCGAAGUCGCGUCGGCCAGCGCGAGUCCGAUUCUCUCGUCCGGAGGUCUCGUGCAAUUCCAACGCAGUUCGAGCGCAUCGACGUCAUUGCUGAGGAAUGUGCUCGUAAGGACCCGGAUACAGGCUGCUCCCGUUGUGUCAUUGGUCUCUUACGCGCGGGAGGGCGAUGACUCAGGCAGUGAGAGUGAAGAUGAAAUGACGGAAAAAUGUCCAACGACUAUCCCACAAGUCACAUUCUCUAUCCACUUCAAGAUGACUUCGAAGCCUUAG